AUGAGCUCUGGAUUUAAACUUCCCAUCAUCCCAGGGCGUGCCCCCGAUGCUUCAAAUGCCCACACAAGAGGGCAUGCAACCGUAUUAGACGAAAAGGAUUCCCUGAAGAACUUCCGCGACGAAUUCAUAAUCCCGUCGAAAAAGGACUUAUCCAGAAAGACUUUAGCAAAUACAGAAGACGACCAAUCGGAUCCACGGUGUAUAUACCUCUGCGGGAACUCUCUCGGCCUUCAACCUCGAAAUAUCCGCAGGUAUAUAGACCAAUAUCUUCGAUCGUGGGCUAUCAAAGGUGUGACGGGUCACUUCGUCGCUCAUGACGAUGCCCUACUACCCCCUUUUCUGCACGUCGAUGGCGCAGGCGCAAAGCUUCUGGCGCCGAUUGUGGGGGCGUCGCCGAGUGAAGUUGCUUUAAUGGGCACACUGACGGGUAAUAUUCAUAUUCUGAUGAGCAGUUUUUAUCGGCCAACUGCCGAGCGAUAUAAAAUAAUUCUCGAAGGGAAGGCUUUUCCGAGUGACCAUUAUGCCGUCGAAUCCCAAAUCCAACUUCACAACCUCGAUCCAGCUACGGCAAUGGUUUUAAUUGAACCCCAUGACCCUCAAAAACCGAUCCUGACAACCGAGCAAAUAUGCAAAGUCAUCGACGAUAACGCUUCAAGUGCAGCAUUGGUCCUUCUCCCUGGCAUCCAGUUCUACACGGGACAGUACUUCGAUAUCAAGAAAAUCACUGCACAUGCGCACUCCAAGGGUAUUCUCAUCGGAUGGGAUUGCGCGCAUGCAGUCGGAAACGUUGAGUUGCAAUUACAUGACUGGGAGGUGGAUUUUGCCGCGUGGUGUCACUACAAGUACGUGAACAGUGGGCCGGGGACUAUGGCUGGGUUGUUUGUGCAUGAAAAACAUGGUAAAGUGAAGUUAAAUGAGGAUGCUUACCGUCCUCGUCUGACUGGCUGGUGGGGUCAUGAUAAGGAGACGCGGUUUGCUAUGGAUAACAAAUUCGUGCCUCAAGAAGGAGCAGCUGGGUUCCAGAUCUCCAAUCCCUCGGUCUUGGACCUGAGCGCAGUAGCGUCGUCUCUCGAGAUAUUCAACAAAGCUACAAUGUCCGCAUUGCGGAAGAAGUCGCUUGAGUUGACAAAUUACCUGGAAUUCCUCCUCGAGAAUGGCGACGAAUCAGUUUACAGAACCCAAAAACGGCCGUAUAGUCUCAUAACACCCUCAAACCCAGAAGAACGCGGCGCACAGAUAAGUAUCCUUCUCGAGCCGGGUUUGCUGGACACCGUACUUGAAGUGCUAGAAAGAAAUGGUGUGGUGGUUGAUGAGCGGAAACCAUGUGUUAUUCGUGUUGCUCCGGCGCCUUUGUAUAAUACGUUCACUGAGGUUUGGGAGUUUUGUCGAAUCUUCUUUGAUGCAUGCCGAGAAGCCGUGGAGGCUAGAGGCACAUAA